CAAAAGUGGACUUGAAAUUUUGUGAAUUUGCUUUGUCUGCUCUUGUGUGGGGCCCCAGAAAACACGAUUUUGCCGGACGACCUUUUUUUUGUUUCGUUCUGAGAGAGUGAGUGACUGCGUUGAUGCCGCUGCUGCUGGGUGUCGCAAAGUGAGUGAGUGCUGUGCGGAUGAAUUUGACUUCGGCGCUUCAUGCACGCUAAGCUGCAGCAUCCACUCGAGCCAGAGGCGGCCGCUAUGAAACUGCUCGGUGGACAUGACGACGGUGGUGGACGAGGCGCGCCCAUCCGGUCACAGGACGACGCCGCAGUCGGUUAUGUCUUUCAGCGGCAUCCCAACGAGACCGAGUUCAACCAGUUCGCUCAGAAGCAGUCCCGGUGGGCUUCCGGGGAUGAUACCAUUAUCGAUAACCAGGACAAAUGGAAGUACAACCCAACGCUGACGAAUAACAGCACCGGCGGGCUGCUUCCGCCUCCGUCGAUGGUCUCGAUCAACAAGCACCAUCAAGCACAGCCACAAGCCCAGCAGCAACAGCACCAACAGCAGCAGCAGCAACAACAACAGCAACUGCCCAUGAUCAAUCACCAUCCGUCGCAACUGGCGAACCACUUGAACCACCACCAGAACCAUCUCAACCAGACAAUGCUCAACCACACGGCCAUGGGCAAUGCGGCGGCUGCGGCUGCCGCUGCCAGUGGCCUUCCGACGAUGCAGAUGCCCAUGCAGGGUGCCGGCAUGUACGAUCACCUGCAUCCGCCGAACGUUAACGUGAACGUGAACGGAGUGGUACCGAAGCCCCCGCCCGGCCAGGAACAGUUGGUCUUCCUAGGCGGUGGCCAACAGUACGGAGUCCUCGCGCCGCAGAACCAGUAUAUCGCCCGGAACAAUGCAGCGAUCACCACAUCGGCAACGAAGAAACUCUGGGAAAAGGGCGGCGGCAAUGAUGUCAAGGUGGCCACCGGGGGCGCCACCGGUCCGCUGGCACCGCUCCAGCUGCACGGCACCACCGAUCAUCAGGUAUGGCGUGAUUCCACCUGGUCGUCCCAGGGCGACGCGAUACUGGCCUCGAGACGGAUCUUUCCCCACGCACCCGACACGAAUCCGACCGGAUCGACAGGAAUUUUGAGCCCACGAGAUUCCACUGGAGGGCUCGGUGUAAAAAUGGUAGAAUAUGUGCUUGGUGGAUCUCCGACGAACAAGGAAAGCCCGCUUGCUAGUUUAGAACCUCGAUUUAAGGGAUUGAAAUUCGAUGAUAAUGACAAGACAUCUGACGAUAAAGACAAAGCAAACUCGCCAUUCGAAUCGAACGGUUUGAAGAAGGAGGAAGUGAACUCAACCAACGGUGUGGUGAUCGUAAACGGAAUUGAUGACGACAAAGGAUUUAAUCGCACGCCCGGUUCCCGGCAGCCGUCUCCUGCGGAGGAACAACUACCGCGAGCUUCCAAUCUGCUCGAUGCUCCGUCGCACCAUAACUCUGGCUUUCCACAGCACCACUCUCUGCACCACAUGAUCGGAUCGGCUGCUGCUGCUGCCGCGGCCGCUGCCGCUGCGGCCGGAGUUGUCGGAGCCGGUGCCGGGGGGAACGAUCUGGCCCAGCAGGCGGCCGCUGCCGCUCUGGGAUCCUACCACCAUCCGCAGAUGAUCAACCAGAUGAACCAAAUGAACCAGCUCAACCAGAUGAACCAGAUGAGCCAGCUCAACCAGAUGCAAAGCCACGUGAUGAACGGCGUAGGCGGGAUCCCGCAGAUUACGCAGAGCCAAAUGGUUAGUCAACCCGGCCAGGGUCCUAACCAGAUUGAGUCGCCUGCCAACUUGCUGCAGCAACCUCAUAACUUCGAUGUACAGGUAUGUUUACAACACUAGAACCAACCAGGAAAUCAUUGUUCCGACCAACAGCAUGACCAAACGGAAAGUAUCUACCAUUAUACCAGGAAGUAAUUUUCCAGAUCGAAAACAGCAAUCCGCCUUUGACCCAUCCAUCAAACGCGCAAACCUAGGUAAAAGAUUUCCAAUCACUUCAAAGGUUCUCGCAAAAGGCAAAAGAAAACCCUUCAAUCGAUCGGUUUCGAAACUGUUUUCGAUCGCUCUGCUUCCUAUAUACAUACCCAGCUGUACACAGCAGGUUACAUUGCGAUUGCAACUCUCGAUUCACUCACUUUGAUUUUUCAAGUACCGUCGAUGGGGGUGACAAUGGGUCUGGGGGGUGAGAUUGGGUCAAAACAGAGAAACAUAAAAUUUGAAAUAGCUCAAUAACUAUCGAUAAUUUAUAUUGAAAACUUUAUAUUAUUUCAAAGGGGAGAUGUUUUUACACGUCAUGAUGCAGAAUAAGAUGUUUUGCAAUAAUCGUUCUUUGUUAAAUUUGUGGCUAAACUUAUAUGAUGAAACUACUAGUAAAUCACUCUGAAUAAAUUUCUCCUUCAUAUUGUUUAAUACAAGUACCUAACCAUAAAUUUUCUUAUAAGUGGUUAGCUGUAGGUAUUACCUGGUUGAUGUAAUAAAAAAAGCGGGCUGUCAUUGCUCUUUUUAUUUAAAAACUUAAUAUUUUCGACCCUAUGUCUAAAUAUUAAGAAUGGGGGUGAGAUUGGGUCAAGCAAGUAUCGAGUGCACAUAACCUUAACUAAAAAUUCAACUUGUUAUCCAGUCCCCAUUUGACGUUAGAGUGGUGCCAUGUUUACCGUAUUUUCACUAAAGCACGCUUUCUUUCAAAAAUAUGUCGAGAAGCGUCAAACGAGUGUGUUAAUACGUUUAGUGCCUAAAAUCAUUUAUAACAAUACACCCAUGCGUGUGGACAGCUCCUCUAAUCAUCAGCUAAUCUUUAGUGUACUGCAAUAUCGGAAGCUCACAAAAUAGACUUAACAUAAUAUUUGAACGACCCUCUAUCUUGAGAUGGAGUGAUUUGCUUUAGUAAUAUAGAGGCCAAUGAUCAUGUACAUAGGAGUUUAUAACGGAGGCUUUGGUUAGACAUUUCUUAUGCAGUAUACAAAAACUAGCAUGUUUUUUUUACAAUCAAUCUUUCAUUCUUUCUUCGCCCCUCUCUCAUUAUAAUUUCUCCUCCUCUCAUGGAGGUUGAAACUCUUAAUGAGGAUUAAUAUGAUGGCCUAAAAUGAUGAUACAGUAUACAAACGUUAUUUUAUCAAAUUUCGACCAUUUUUCCGUUGUAUUAGCCCUUUUAGGUGGAUUAAUCAUCUUUUAAAAUUAUCUAUGCUUUUAUUCGUCAUGAUAACAUUGUGUAUUAAGUAGGUUUACUAUAUAUGAUCAAUAAAAUUAAUUUAUAUUCUUAGAUAGGUGAUUUCGAAUACUUUGACCCAUUCUCACCCCCUCUAAGGGGUGAGAUUGGGUCAAUUUUCAUUCAUUUGUAGUUUACUAAGCAAUUCAUAUAACGUGAUAUUUUCUUGCUAAACUAUCAUUACCACAUAGGAGAGUAUACAUACCAAAUAAAAAGUUACUCCGACUUCAAUUGCAUUUGUUAUUUAACAAACAAUCUUUGAGUAUCGUUUUUUGACCCAUUCUCACCCCCAACGACGGUACAUGUUCUUCCUUACAUAUCUGCCCGCCGGCUGCUGCUCCAUUUCUUCACCACGCUUCGUCGUCCCUCGAUUGAAUGGGAGAAUGAUGCAGCCAGCAGCAUCCCAGAUUCAAGAAACCUGCAAUCGCAGGUUUGUUUGCGUCCCCCCAUUUAUGUCUCUGUUCGCUCUGUUCUCUGUUUGGAACAAAACAGCAUACAAAAGCAAACCACAAAAAGGUACCCCACAUCACAGCACAGUACUAAGUGCGAAUCGAGCUCACUCACAACACAAGAGACUAUCACCCAUCUGUUUGCGCACAAUGGUCGCGAAAAUCGUUUGUUUUUGGUCAAAAUUAUUUUUAACUAGCUGUCCCUAGUCAACUCCGAAUCUCCGUUCAAAAUGUAUGAAAUUUCAAAAACUCAAAUGAUGAUAAUGAUGAUUGUGUACCCACCAUCAGCGCAAGGAUUACCCAUGGCUGCAGAGUCAUACCAGAAGGGAAUGAUCUGCCUGAUGGUUUGUUGUAGCAGGGUAAGCAAAAUUCACUGGAAACCUUCGGAAGACAACACGAUGGUUGUUAUCUCGUGACAAAGUCUGGCCACCCCACGAACAUUUGUCCAGAAACCAGUUCAUUUAGCUUCCUUAGGCUACCCGUCCCAAAAUCUCCUUUUAUCAUGUAAUUUAAAUAUAAUUAAUUAUAUAGUUGUCCAAUUACCUGAUUUUACCUGAAAUAAUAAAUAUUAUUAUGAUAUAUAAUUACAACUUUAUUUACCUGAACAGCGCUGAAACAAAUAGUUAUUAUAUUAAAGUUAUAGUUUAAAUCAAGCGAUAAUAUUGAAACAAAUGGAGUAUUAGUAGUGAAAAUACAAAAUAAAACAAAACAUUAAAAAAAAACAAAUUUUGGUCUUGUAAUUUUUCUGCAUUUAAAUUAUUGGAGCUGGAGAAUUACGAAAUCACAAUUUAUUAUGGUAUCUUACGCCGUAACGUACCAUUAGAAGGUGAUCUACCCGCGCUACGGGUAUGAAAUUUCAAAAACUCAAUUUCCAUGUUCUUUGCUUCACAAACCUUCCUUGGAUGAAAACUAACAGAACAAAAUAGACUAACAGACCCAAAUAGGACUCUCCGUUCGCAAGUUAUGCGUGGUCCCACGUAUGCCACGUAUGCAAGAAUCAUACAUACUAUCACUCAGUUGCAAUGAGUUACAUUCACUUGCUAUCUUCUCAACUCAGAAGCAUGCUUUCAUAAAACGGUGUAUAAAGGACUUUUUCCUCGUAGUUUUAUCUACAAGUUUACCGAGUAUAGUAAGUGUUGCACAUGCAUACCAAGGUCGUGAUAAAGCUAUGAAGCAGAUUCUCCAUGUAGUGAAUGCAAAUUACACUCACUUCGUCGAGAGCCGUUUCCAUAGCUCAGUCACGACUUUGGAAUGCGUGUGCGACCCUUAGUUAAUUCGGCAAACUUUAGAACCCGAGUUUCAACAUUAGCAACAAUACCAUUCCAAUAAUGCAACAUGUGUUCAGUAAUAAGGAUUCUAGUAUGUUCCUUGUGUACUAGUACUUUCCAGUCUUCGAAGAGUUAGUACAUCCAUGGACCCCUAACCAGUGUUGGUAAAACUCAAAUUCUCAAAUCUCAUGCUUGAGUUGUUUCACGCGCGAUUCUUGAUUCGCCAAACUCAUAACUCAUUGCGUUAUUUCUUGGUGUUCUUAUUAUUUACAUCGAAGUGUUUAGUAUUAUACGAAAGAACAAAAGCAAACCUAUCGAACAACAACAUUGGAUGUCGUUCAAAUUGGUUUGGAUUCAUUUUACAAGCGAACGAUAUUUCGGCGCUUGACUCGUGAGAGCGAGAUUUUGCAUGAAAAUCUCGCGCGUGAGAAAAUGAAUCAGAAUCGCGCGCGAGUUUGCUCACGUAGGAGCGGUUCAUGAGUGUGCUUUAAGUGUAAUUUUACCAACACUGCCCCUAACCCAAUUCGAUUUCCUUUGCAUUAAGUUUAGCCUCAGAUGGUGUGGUUUUUAACUAUAUGUAUAGUAAAGUUGGUAAACUUAUCCCCGGAACAGGUGGUCCGUAGUGCUAUUCUAAGCCGGCAGCUACACGGGCAAUAUCCGGCCUUAGAUAAUAUUAAGUUUUUCUCAAUAAGUCCUUAGUUUACUUUUUUUUUUCCUGAAAUGAAAAUAACAAACUCUCGUAGCUUCACAAGGAAUUACCUACUUUAGAAAUACGCAUGGAGAACUGGAUCUAUUUUUUUUAGAAAACCCACGGUUUCCAUAAAAAAUAAUCCGAAAAAAAAAACCGGAAUUUACAAAAAACUAAAAAUAUAAAUUUUGAAUUUGUUCCA